AUGCUUAAUAUUGAUAAAAACAAUUAUAUUUAUAAGAUAUACCUGAAUUCAGUGAGUCUUCAUUCAUAUAAAGAAAGUGAGCUUGAUAAAUAUGCACAAAUAGAUUUACAAGAGGAUAUAGACGCAUAAGCAGAAGAAAUAAAAAUGAAUAUUGAAGCAGAAGGAGAAGGAUAAAAAGCAAAUUAAGAGGCUGAAGGAGUAGAAUAGGAGGCAGAUUUAUAUGCUGAAGGACAAAAAUAAGAAGAGAAUAUUGGUGAAGGAGAUGAAUAAGAUUUCAAAGAGAAUGAGGAUGAAAUUUACGAAAGACUGGAUUACAAAUGCUAAAAUGAGGCUAAACAGUUUAAUAAAUCUAUUUAUAAAGAAAUAAAAUCUUAAAAAGCAAUUGAUGUGUUCAUUUUUGAAGAGAAUACUGAUUAAAUGAGUGAUUUACUGACACAUAAUGAGAAAUACAUAACCUACAAAAGAAAAGAUGAUCUCUUAUAGGCUAUUAACAAAGCAAUGCUCUAUUAAGAAUAAAAUAAUCUUGUUGAUUAUCACCCUAAUGUUAACUCUAUAAGCGGAGAAAUAAAACUACUUGUUGAUUAGGAAAUAGAGCAAAGAUAAAAUUAAUUGUAAAAUCCCUAAGAAGAAGAAAAUUUAAAAAAAUUUAACAAAGAAGAUAUUGUGAAAGUAAGAAAUAUUGUCCAUCAGUCUCUUCAACCUUAUCAUAAGGAUUAUACUCAAUCUCACAAAAAAAGCGAAAUAGAAGAGUAUUUUAAUAGAGUAAAAAAAAUGCAAGGUAGUUAUGAUUAAUGGGGUAAAUAAUAUAAAGCUUCUUUAUCUGAAUUUUUAUGGCUUCCUGCUGUAUUUGCUUACUCUGAACAGAAUAAAAUGUAUGAAAUUCAAGGUAAACUAUUCAACCCUUUGGAAAAUUUCCCUGAACUCGAUGAGCUUAAGUUAGAAUUAGGCCACUUAAUGACUUAUUUUUCCAAACCCCUUUAGUAAACUCAUGACUAUUUUAAGAUUUUAGGUUAUAAAAUUUUAAAUGAGUAUUAUGAUGAUGGUAUCAAGAUUUAUGAUGAAAAAUCAAAAGUAGAUUUUUCUGAAAAAAUUCAUGCCAUAGUAAAAAUAAGCGAAAUGGAAAUUGCUCCUUAAAGCACUUAUUCGGGCUAAUGGCAUGUUGAGGGUUUUUCAUCUGAUAACAUUCUUUACACUUGUCUUUAUGUUAUUUAGCAUGAUGAAAAUUUGAUUGAUGGAAGGCUGAAAUUUAAAAGAACCCCUCGUGAAAACGAUGAUCCUUGCGAUAGAGAACAAGAAGAGUCUGCUCAUGCAUACUGCCCUAAUUAUGAUUAUUUAUGUGAUCCUCAUAAAGUAAUUCCUCUUGGAUCUCUCGAUAUCAAAGAAAAUCUGAUGAUUAUUUUCCCAAAUUAAAAUAUUCAUAAAGUAAAGGGUAUAAAAAAUGUUACUGACAAACCUCUUAAAAGAAAGAUAAUUGCAUUCUUUGUAGUUAACCACGAAGAUCAACCCUUUACUAUUAAUGAUGUAGAGUUUACAAAGCCACUAGAGUUUAUCAAAGAAUACAGAAUGAGAGACAUAUAUGAAAGAUCUAAAAAUAAACAAACUGAUGCAUAAGCUUUCAAUUAUUGCGAACAUUGA